CCGUUUUUCCAAAGACGGCCUUGCCCAAGUCACACGGUUUAAAUAGAGGCUUGAGGAUAGCUGCGCCUCAUCACCAGCCAGCGACCACGAGAUCACAGCGAGGAGCUGAAACGGGGACUCCGACAAAGCCGCGCUCUAAGGCAGUAAGUGAAUUAUUGUGUAACGCGGAUAAUCUGCUCAUUAGUGGUGUCUAAUCUUUUUUUUAUCAGGAAGUUUGAUCUGAUCUUUCAGCUUUACCGAUCAAACUGCUUUAAAUGGAGCUCUUGUUACUGUAAGAACCGACCCGUGAAUGAGCUGUGCUCCUUUCAGCCCGCCUUCCUCUGCGCUGGAUGCUCAGUAAGUCCUUUGUCCGUUAAAGCAUCCCUCUCACUGCUCCAUGCAUGGGUGGAGACGGUACUAGUGGGUACCACCUAGUUCAUACCAGGACCGAGACUCUUUACAGAGGCCAGAAGAGACUUGGAAGCAGGUGAAAACAAAUGGGUGGUCACUCACCGGUAAGUCACAGCUCUAUGAUUGACGUGUGGGGUGGAGCAAAACGAAGGGCUCAUUCUCUUCAUCAUGUCGGAUGUGAAACAAAGAUGCCGCCCGGCAUCUAGACGGCCAUGGCUCUCCGCAGGGGGGCUCCAGAGGACGCCCGCCUCCCACGCGCACCCCGGCCCCGCAGCGCCGUGGACGGCCGCCAGCUGGACGCCUGGCUGGAGCACCCGCGGGGGCUGCGGGGCGACCCUCCGGCGGGCCCCGGGCCCCGGGCGGCGUGGCCGCCGGGGACCCCCCCCCUCGGCGGGCGCUCGUCCUCGUGCGGGAGCUGCACCCAGUGUGGGAGCCUGGAGUCCCUCCACAGCGGCCUCCUGGCUCCUCCGGAGGCCAGAGGGAGCUGGGAACGGGCUCGUCUGGUGCAGGCUGCGAGGAAGCAGCAGCCCCAGAUCAGCGGCCUCAGCCAGGUCAGGACCGGGUGGCUGCCGGUCCAAAGCAGAGUGACCGUGGUGUCGGACCCGUCUGUUGGGCAGGUCAAAGUGAAGCAGCCCAUCACCCCCGUGUUUCAGAGGUCACGAGCGCCGCCCACGGCAGAAGAUGGAGACGCGGAGCGGCGCCGCGCCGGCCGGGGUUCCUCGGGCGCAGGGACGCCUCCCGAUCCUGAACAGAGGCCGGAAAACCGAUGGUCUCCCGCGACGGAGGGCGACAGACCUGUGAGCUGGCAGGUGCUGCGGAGGGGCUGGAACAGCAGCAGAGGGCCUGUGUCCCCUGGAGGCCCCCCGGCCACGGAGCCCCCCGACAGGAAGACAGCAGGCGGCCCAGAGCCCCUCCGUCAGGCGGCCGCGGCUCCGCCCUGGAGUCGACGGGCGCCGCCGCCAGGGCCGAGCGCCGCCGACGCGCUCCAGUCUCAAACCGCCUUCAACGGGAGAAGUGGCGUGCUGCCCGUGAGGGCCACGGCUCCUCUGUGCACAACAAACACGCAGACCAGCUCUGCCGCCUUCUCCUCCCUCACCGUCUCCUCCAGGAAGGUGGGCCGGUCGGCCAGCCUCCCCGGGGACGCGGACCCGCCGGGCCCCCGGGUCACGGUGCGGCGCGGUGCCGCCAUAGCGGAGGUCGAGGAGCAGAGGGUGACGCGCGGCGCGGCCCGUGCGGCGGCGGACGCGGUGGUCCUGAGGCGGAAGGCGACGGUCAUCAAGGUGAGCGAGCGCGGGCAGAGGUGCCGACACAGCUACACGGAGGGAGUGUCUGCAGACAGCGGCACGUGGAGCGGUCCUCAGCUCAACGCAGGGCCUCAGGGUCAACUAGAGUCCACGCAGAGGCAGCAGGCGCCUCCACGGGCGCCUCCACGGGCGCCUCCUGCCCAGCCAGGCCCAGGCGGAACCGUACAGAGAUCCACUCUGAGGAUCGUCCUGAGUCACCCCUCUCCCAGCGCGGCACCCCCUCCCCCAGAGGCCCCUCCUGAGGCUGUGGGACGGAGGUCGGUCCGGCCGCUGAGCUGGUACGGCGCCGGGGCGGGACACGCCGCGCCACCACCCGGAGCCAGGAAGUGCAGCCUGGACCUUCCGCCAGAGCCCAGCGUGAGCGGCUUGACGAGCAGCGGAGCCGGUCGGCCAGUGGGCGACAACACUGAGGCUCCAGGGAGCAGAGCACCCCCCUGUUUAACUCUUAUCGAGGCACCAGAUCCCCGCUCGCGUCAGACUCCGGAGGAAGUGCUCGCCCUCAACGCGGCCGCCAUCAUAGCAAACAUCAAACUCCAACGGCAACUGAGUAAGAAGACAACGCAGCCGGAGACGGAGCGGACCUCUCCACAGGGAGAAGCAGUGACAGAUGAGAGGAAAAGCCCUGAUGGCGGCCUGAGUCGGCCUCCUGCUGGACUCCUGGAUCUGGGCCCUGAGGGGUCACCGGCCCCCGUCUCCCUCCAGGAGGCGCUGCAGAGGUCCAGGCCCGACUUCGUGGCGCGGUCCCAGUGCCGGGUGCGAGAGCUGGAGCGGAGGUCACGGGAGAGAAGGGAAUCGGGACCUCGGACGGGAGCCGUGGAGCAGAGGUGGACCCGCCGCGGCCGCGCCGCCGCCCUCAAAGAGAACGCUUUAAAUCCCAGCGAUGGAGCCGGUAAUGGUGGAGAGAUGCAGCUCGGGUCCAAGCGGCUGCUGGAGGAGGUGACGGGGAAGAAGGAGGACGAGCAGAAGAGCGAGCCGCUUUUGAGCAACCGGCAGAAAGUGGCGCUUUUCAGAAAGAAACUGUUGGAUCACCUCCUUCAAAGGAGCAACAGCUGAAUUAGUGGCGGCGAUGAUGACGAUGAUGAUGAUGAUGAUGCGACGAAGCCUGAAGUGUUCAUGACGGACCGAUGAGCCGGCGUUUUGACCUUUGAGUCUGAUGCUAAGAAAUCAAUGUAGGUCAUGAGACAGCUCUAGUUGACCUUUGACCCUCGCUGGCUUGUCUUGUGUAACGUCGUCCCAUUUGCUGUAUCACUGCCAUAGCUUGUUUUGCUGUUCGCCUCGCAUGUUCUGUCAGAUGCACAAUAAAAAAUGUUGAUAGGCCGCG